AUGCGAGAACCUGGACGAUUUUUGAUAGCAAUGCGGCAAAAUUGUGAAAAAUCACUAAUGUUACAAGAUUGUCUAACACCAAAUUUGUUCGACAAUAUAAUUAAGAGUACGAAGCAAAUAGCCGGGUACGAUUCAAAGACUGAUUUAUUUGGAGCUCCGUCGUUGGUUUUACAAAUAGGUACUUCACUUAAACAAUGUUGCGAUAUCGCUGAGUAUAUGAUUUUAAAAAAAUCACCCUUGUUACGCCCCGUGGAAGACACAGAUAUUUCCAAUAUUAAAACCGUGGAAAAUUUAAUUCAAAAACAGUGGUCGUAUGAACUCGCAACAAACGCUUCAAAAGAGUUAUACCAAAAAAAGUGGAAUAAACCCGCAUUAUUACCUCUUACAUCAGAUAUUAAAAUUUUUCGGGAUCAUUUGGUAUUAGAACAAAAAAAUGCUAUAAAAAAAUUAAAAAUAAAUCCUAUUGAUAUUGCGGCAUUUAAAUCUCUACAAGAAACAAUACUUACACCAUUAAUACUAUUAAAUCGUAAAAGAGCUGGCGAAGUUCAACGAAUAAUUUUGACAACCUAUUUAAAUUCUCCCAUUGAAGCUCCACAAGAAGAAAUCGCCUCAUCUUUAUCAAAGAUGGAAAAUGAACUGACGAAAAAAUUUAAACGUAUCGUUAUACGGGGAAAAAGAGGAAGGGGAGUACCCAUAUUAUUCACACCCAAACUACAGAAGGCAUUAUCAGUGUUGAUUUCAAUUCGAAAGACGGUGUGUAAUAAAAAUAACGAGUACCUUUUUGCCAUUCCGAACACUGAUAAUAGUUGUUUACGAGCCUCAGAAACCGUUCGAAAGUUGGCACUUGCUAGUGGUGCAAAAAAUCCAUCGGCGAUAACACAAUCGACAAAACUCAGAAAGCAAGUCGCCACAGUUGCUGAGCUACUCAAUUUCACGGAAGGAGACGUAGAACAAUUGGCGAAUUUCAUGGGGCAUUCCAAAGACGUACAUAAGACAUUUUAUCGGCUGCCAGAAAAUGUUUUUCAAGUGGCGAAAGUGAGUAAGUUUCUUCUCAUGAUGGAGAAAGGAGAUGCGGAACAUUAUAGAGGAAAAAAUCUAGAUGACAUUAACGUUGACGGAUUAGUGUCUGAUGAAAGUGAGGGCGAAUAUAGUGAUAUAAGCUGCUCAGAUGAACCAGAUAUCCAACAACUUCCUGGGACUAAAGAAAUACAAAUUCAAGAAAACAUGUAUAACUUUACCGAAACAGCACCAGAACAUGAACAAUCUACAGUUAAAAAAUUAAAGUUAACUAAAUUUAAAAAAACAAAAGAUAUUACAGCAAUGGAAAAACCUGUUGUCCUCCAAAAACGCCUCCCCAAAGUCGGAAAAAAAUCAAAAUUUAUACGCAUGACGUGGACUGAGGAACAAAAAGCCACUACAAAGAAGUACUUUCAAAAACACAUUUUAUUGAAAAAACCGCCUAAAAAAGAAGAGUGUGAUGAUUUCCUCGUUAAGAACCAAAAUAUGCUUAUGUCAGGUUUUCCGUGGCGGAAAGUGAAAACAUUUGUAUAUAACCUUUACAAAGAUUUGUAA